AUGUCACCGUUGGCUCUUCCUCCUAAGACCGUUGACAUUGUCAACAUUUUUCAGAAUGACGUGGAGUUCUCCCUCGUAAAUGAGAUCCAUAAGGGUAUUAAUCCUCCCGCUGGCGUUAGGAAGUCAAUGCCAACGAUGCUUCUUUACGAUGCCAAUGGCCUCAAGCUUUUUGAGAAAAUCACCUAUGUGGAGGAGUACUAUCUAACAAAUGCGGAGAUUGAGGUCUUGGAGACAAAUUCCAGGAGGAUAGUUGAACGGAUUCCAGACAAUGCGCAAUUGCUUGAGUUAGGUAGUGGGAAUCUUCGGAAGAUUGAGAUUCUGCUACGGGAGUUUGAGCGCGUGGGAAAGCGCGUGGAUUAUUAUGCCCUCGACCUGUCGCUAUCAGAACUGCAGCGCACAUUCGCCGAGGUAUCCAUUGACGAUUACACACACGUUGGCCUCCAUGGUCUCCAUGGAACCUACGAUGACGCCGUCACUUGGCUUAACAGCCCCGAAAACAGGAAGCGGCCCACAGUGAUCAUGUCUAUGGGUUCCUCUUUAGGGAACUUUGACCGUCCCGGCGCAGCAAAAUUUCUCUCGCAGUAUGCUAGCCUUCUUGGCCCGUCCGAUAUGAUGAUCAUUGGUCUGGAUGGCUGCAAGGACCCGGGCAAAGUAUACAGGGCAUACAAUGACUCGGAAGGUGUUACACGGCAGUUCUACGAGAACGGACUAGUGCAUGCAAAUAUUGUUCUCGGAUACGAAGCCUUCAAACCUGAUGAGUGGGAAGUAGUGACUGACUACGAUACUGUGGAGGGACGACACUGGGCAGCCUACUCACCCAAGAAGGACGUCACCAUCAAUGGGGUCAUACUUCAGAAAGGGGAGAAACUUUACUUCGAAGAGGCGUACAAAUACGGACCAGAAGAACGCGAUCAACUGUGGCAUGAUGCCAAGUUAAUCCAGACGGCGGAAGUGGGCAGUGGGUCUGGCGAUUACCAUCUCCAUCUCCUGACAUCCGCCACCCUAAACCUCCCCAUAUCUCCCUCUCAAUAUGCAGCUCAUCCUAUACCCAGCUUUGAAGAAUGGCAGUCUCUGUGGACGGCAUGGGAUAAUGCUACAAAGGCCAUGGUCCCUCGCGAAGAGCUUCUGUCAAAGCCGAUCAAGCUACGGAACUCUUUAAUCUUCUAUCUGGGACACAUUCCUACAUUCUUGGACAUCCACCUGACUCGAGCCCUGCACGGAAAACUGACAGAGCCAAAGACCUAUAAACUAAUUUUCGAACGUGGGAUUGAUCCUGACGUAGAUGACCCCGAGAAGUGCCACUCCCAUAGCGAGAUCCCAGAUGAGUGGCCAGCUCUUGAUGAAAUUCUGGACUACCAAGAGCGAGUCAGAAAUAGAGUUAGAUCCAUCUAUCAAAUCGAGGGUCUUGCAGAAAAUAGAAUCCUGGGCGAGGCGCUUUGGAUUGGGUUUGAGCACGAGGUGAUGCACCUCGAGACAUUUCUCUACAUGCUGAUUCAGAGCGAGAAGAUACUUCCCCCACCUGCCGCUGAACGGCCGGACUUUGAAAAUAUGUAUCAAGAAGCUCGGGAAAACAUGAAAACAAAUGAGUGGUUCUCCAUUCCUGAACAAACAAUUACCAUUGGCCUCGAUGGUGCUGAUACCAACGACGUACCCCCAACGACCUAUGGGUGGGACAAUGAGAAACCUGCGAGAACAGUGACCGUUCCGGCAUUUGAGGCGCAGGGCAGGCCUAUCACCAAUGGCGAAUAUGCUAAGUACUUGCAGGCGAAUCAGUCGCGCAGAAGGCCAGCAUCAUGGGUUCUGACCCAUUCGAAUGAAGACUACGCCAUACCUAUGGCCGUCAACGGAAGUAGUGUCGAGGCGACAAAGGACUUUAUGGCCAAUUUUGCCGUCCGUACUGUUUUUGGCUCAAUUCCACUUGAAUUCGCCCAAGACUGGCCUGUGAUGGCAUCAUAUGAUGAAUUGGCCGAAUACGCCGAAUGGGCGGGCUGCAGGAUCCCUACGUUCGAAGAGGCAAGGAGUAUCUAUCUGCACUCAGCGCUACUAAAGGAGACAGGUAGCAUGGAGCAUAAUGAGCAGCCCAACGGCCAUAGUGCAAACGGUGAUCUGAAUGGGGUGAACGGAAAUGGCUACUCAAAGAUCAACCCCAGCAAGCCUCGUAUGCCGGACCACCAGCCUGUACAAUAUCCUUCCCGAAACGCCUUGCCAGUGUUCCUUGAUCUCGACGGCCUCAACGUCGGGUUCAAGCACUGGCACCCAACCCCAGUUAUCCAGAACGGCGAUCAACUCGCCGGUCAGGGUGAACUGGGAGGCGCAUGGGAGUGGACUAGCACGCCAUUAGCGCCACACCAUGGCUUUAAAGCCAUGGAGAUCUACCCGGGAUACACCUCCGAUUUCUUCGACGGUAAACACAACAUCAUCCUGGGUGGUUCUUGGGCUACUCAUCCCCGCGUUGCUGGGCGUACCACUUUCUUCAAUAUGUCUCUCGAAACCAUCACGACUAUCUCGCCCUCCACAAAUCAGCCAGUUGUCACUCGGACGGGCGUCACCUCCGAGGACCUGCAGCGAAUCCCAGAGGUCGCGCAGGAGGCUUUCCGAUCAUUCUCCCAGUCGACCACUCUCAAACAGCGUCAAGAAAUUGUAACACGUGCAUUAGACAUUCUCGAGAAAAAGAAAGAUGAGCUUGCGCGCGAGCUGACUGAGCAGAUGGGUCGUCCGAUCGCAUAUACCGGUGUGGAGGUAAUGACAGCUAUCAAGCGCAGUCGCUACCUGACCAAGAUCAGUGAUUCGGUCCUGGGCGAAGAGGGCGUUGUCUCGGGUGAAGAGGAGAAGGGCUUCAGACGCUAUAUUAAGCGGAAGCCUGUUGGUGUGGCGUUUAUCAUAUUUGCCUGGAACUACCCCUAUUUGAUCCUUGUUAACAGUUUGAUCCCUGCUAUUCUGGCUGGAAAUGCUGUCAUUCUGAAACCCUCUCCGCAAACUCCGACUAUAGUAGAGCAAUUUGCCACUGCCUUCGCCGAGGCAGGGCUCCCUCAGAACGUCAUCCAAUAUUUUCACUGUGGAUCUCCUACACUACUUGAGACUAUUGUCCGAUCACCUUUGGUCAACCACGUCUGUUUCACAGGCUCGGUGGCUGGCGGCUUGGCUGUUCAGAAGGCCGCGUCAGACCGCAUCGUCAAUGUUGGGCUGGAGCUCGGUGGCAAAGACCCAGCUUAUGUUCGGGACGAUGUGGAUGCGGCGUGGGCCGCCGAGGAGGUCGUUGAUGGAGCUAUCUUUAACAGUGGACAGAGCUGCUGUGCGAUCGAGCGGGUCUACGUGCACAAGAACAUCUACGAUGCCUUCGUUGGGGAAGUCAAGAAGGUCCUAAGCAAGUAUCGUGUCGGGGAUCCGUUUGACAAGCAAACGCAGAUCGGACCUGUUAUUUCAAAGCGUGCGAAGGAUACCAUUCAGGCCCAUGUCACCGAUGCAAUCCAGAAGGGUGCCAGGGAUGAAACUCCAGCGAAUGAGACAUUUGAAACCCCUCCUGCGGAUGGCAACUACGUCAAGCCUACGCUUCUGACGGGCGUGAACCAUGACAUGAUUGUCAUGACGGAGGAGACCUUUGGUCCUGUCAUUCCUGUUAUGAAGGUCAACAGCGAUGAGGAAGCUAUUAAGCUGAUGAACAGCAGCGAGUUUGGGCUGACUGCCAGUGUCUGGACCAAGGAUGUGGCUAAGGCUGAGGAACUAGUUGAGCAGGUGGAGGCGGGGACUGUCUUCAUCAACCGAUCUGAUUAUCCUAGUCCGGAUCUCGCAUGGACCGGCUGGAAGAAUUCGGGGCGGGGCGUAACUCUGAGCAGAUUCGGCUUUGAGCAAUUUGUCAAGCUCAAAAGCCACCACAUCAAGGCCUACCCUAAAUAA